AUCGUGAAUCACGAUAUCCGAUUAAUUUUUAAUCUUGGAUUUACCACGUAUGUGGGGCAUUUCAAAACAAACGAACUUUUAGUUCUAACAUCAUGGAUAAGAAAUCAUUUGACAUCGUUUUGGAUGAAAUAAAGAAGUGUGUCCUGACUGAUCAACGGAUUAAAGCCAUUGAGCAGGUUCAUGGAUACUUUUCCAGUGAACAGGUCAUGGACAUAUUGAAAUACUUCUCUUGGGCAGAACCUCAAAUUAAAGCGGUAAAAGCUCUUCAGCAUAAAAUGGUGGCAAUUCCCACCACCAAAGUUGCCAACAUUUUGAAUUGCUUCACCUUUUCAAAGGACAGACUUAUUGUCUUGGAGCUAAUCGCUUUGAACAUUUCAGAUGCCCAAAAUUACCGUCCUGUGGAAGACAUGUUUCGCAUACAUUUGUCAGAGAAAAAGCGUGCACGCAGGAUCCUGGAGCAGGUCUGUAAAGUUGGUUGCAAGGCUCCCGUAGCCAUGAUCUCAUCUUGCGGUAUGAUACCAGGAAAUCCAUAUCCAAAAGGCAGACCCAGUCUAGUUACUGGCACAUUCCCGGGAAUCCCUCCCGUAAAGAAAGAAGGAGAGAAGAAAGAUGACACUUCUAACAGUAUGGAGGGGAAAGGGAUUGCUACCCGGAUAAUCGGACCUUCCAAACCUUUCCCUUCAAGCUACAAUCCCCAUCGGCCCGUGCCCUACCCCAUACCUCCGUGCAGACCCCAUGCUACCAUUGCACCAAGUGCUUAUAACAACGCAGGCCUUGUUUCUAUGGGAGGGGUCAUAACGGCCAAUGUGCCCCCUCCCCCAUACAACUCUGCCCACAAACUAGCAGGCUACGCCAAACCAGGCAAUCCUCAGAACACGACACCAGGAGUAAACAGCAGUCCACUGCUAAUUCCUCAUGGCUCCACGCCUUCCACCCCAGUCCCACCGCAGUCGUCUCCUUCUCAGCCACCUCCCACAACUCCCAUCACACCUGUUUUUCCCGGCAUGGUGCCCUCUCACAACUCUUCGUCCCCUGCUCCGUCACCAUCUGUCAUUAAAGCAGGUCCGCAAACCCCUACCGGCCAUGUUACACCAACACCAUCUUCUGUCAUAAAAGCCCACACCCCCUCAGGAACCCCUUGCGGAACUCCUAUUCCUGGCAGUGGGGGGUUUCCCACUUCGCCUUUCCAUUCUCAUUCUCGACCAGGCACCCCCGCCACCUCCCGCAGUGGCCCCGACGUCUUGACUCAGAUGAAUUCCAUGGGCUCAAAUCAGCAGAGGGCUUUGUCUACAGACCACCCUUUUCAGAGCGUACACCCACAAGCAGGUAACCACUCUGGCUCAGUGAUCCAUAGCUACACCCCCUCUGAAACGGCAUCUAACACCAUUGGGUCCUCCACUCCAGUGAUUCCGAGUUGUUCCACCCCAGGUUCCAGCCCCAAACCUUCCCCUGCCCACUCUACCCAACCUCAAGCGGCCAUGGGCCCACCCGGACUCCUUCAGCACGAGCAGCAACGUGCAGCCGUCGGCAGACACAGUGGGGAUGGUGGCAGUGGCAGUAACAGUCCUGUGCCCUCCGCUUUCAAGGGGACAUCUCGGUCUGGCACGCCGUCUCUUAGCCCGUUAGUGGUACCUGGAUCAGCUCAGGCUGCGCUGGCCCGUUCUUUGGGGCUCUCGCACCCUCCGGGCUCUCCUCAAGUCUCCCUCGCCAGUCCUGUCGCCAUCAGUGGCCUCCAGGCUUUGUCUGGCAGCCCAGGACCACCUCACUAUCCUGGGCUGUCGCCUUUUCCUGCUCUUUCCUCCUCCCUCCCUCCUACCUCCAUUCCUUCAUCAAGCAACAUCUCAAAAACUACCCCAAAUUCCAUCUACCACGGCCUGGCUCCCAAUGGUGUACCUAGCGCGGCCUCUCCGUUCAGCCUAGCCCUCACCUCUGCUCCCUCUGUAUUCCCAGCCCUUCCGCCGGGUGCAAGCCCCGCUGCUUUCACAGGAUUGGGAGUUUCAGGAGGGCACGGUGCAGGGAGCCCCGUGUUGCCUUCAUUUAUGGGAUUACCAGGAGCUUCAACAUCCUCCAUUGCGUCAGUGGCACCGAUGCAAGCGGCUGCAGUUGUGGCAGCAGCGGCGGCUGGCGUUCCAGCACCGUCUCCGGUUUUACCAGGUUUUGCAUCAGCCUUCAGCUCCAACUUCCAGCCUGGGUUGAGUGGCAGCCUCCAGGCUCCAGCAAGCAGUGCCUUCCCAAGCCUGCUGUCCUUUCCAGGUGUUCCAGGCUUUUCGCCCGCUGCCUCCCCUGCCACUCUCAGUGGCCUCCAUAAUCCAGCCAUCCAGCCCGCCGUGCUGCAGGCUCAUCCGACAUCCGCUUUGGAGGGUUUACCUCCUCAACCCAAUGCCUUCACCAACUACCCUGCAGGCCCGGGAAAUCCCUUCCCCCUCCAGCCAGGCCUGCACCCCCAGUUGGAUUGGCAGUGAUACCCGCCUUCAUUUUGGCUCUCUCAUCUACUGUGAUUACAUACUGACCUCCCUUUCAAUGCCCUUUCUGGACCUUCAGCAUUUUUUUUUCUUUUUUUUUUUUUUGUCUCUGAACUGAAGACACAAGACUGUGAAAUGAAACGAGUAAAUAGUACGUGUUAUUUGUAGUCAACAGACGUAAAAGCAUUUAGUAGAUUGUGAGUUCUUUUGUUUUUGCCAAUUUCACCAAUAUGAAUUAUGGUAAGUGAAAAUGAAUUUUCUACAGAUACAUGAUGACAUGUAAUGAUACAAGUAUUUCAUGUGGGAAAUGCUUACUACUCAUUUUAAUUCAUUGAUGAAAUCAAACACUGUAUUGGCAUGUAUUGUUUUUAUAGCGUAAUGAGUUUUGUAGAUUUUUUUUUCUUUUUCAGCUGUGGAGUUUUUAAAUUAUUUCAGUGAGUGAAACACUUCACUGCUGUCACAAGUACAUUUUGAUUUAAAGUUUUCUAAGUUUUUGUCCCUGUACAUACAUUUUAAUACCUACUGUUACAUUCAGGGAUGUUGUCCUUUUGUUAGUCUUUUUUGUUUCAUUGAAUAUGAAUUUGUUUUAUUAGUUUAGCCACUAAACCAACUGGUGCUGUGACUCUACACUAUUUGCGUUAUGCUGUGUGACAAGUGUACCAAUCCCCUUCAAUGAAAUGAGGCGGACUAAUGCGCAGAAGAAACAAUUUUGGGACAGUUUAUAAAAAAAUAUUAAUUUCUUGAAUGUGACAAGUCAGAA